GUUUUGCCCUCGGGCUUUUGGCCGCUUUGCGGAUUUUUUUUUUCUUCUCUACUCCCCCCCCCCCCCAACAAAAUGUCGGUCGGUGAGGGAGGAAUUGAGCGGGGGACGUCGGUGGCACCGGGAGCUUUGCAGAAGAAGUGGUGUGUUCAAAGGCUUUCGGUGCGCACGGGAGGACCCGCCACCGUAAAUAAGCAUAUGGACUACUAACAGGAAGUUUUCCCAGAGAUCACUUCACCAAGAUGUCCAGUGAUAGGCAGAGGUCGGACGACGAGAGCCCCAGCACCAGCAGCGGCAGUUCAGAUGCCGACCAGCGGGACCCUGCAGCCCCAGAGCCCGAGGAGCAGGAGGAGAGGAAGCCUUCUGCUACCCAGCAGAAGAAAAACACCAAACUUUCCAGCAAAACGACUGCUAAGUUAUCCACGAGUGCUAAAAGAAUUCAGAAGGAGCUAGCUGAAAUCACUCUUGAUCCUCCUCCCAACUGCAGUGCUGGGCCUAAAGGAGAUAACAUUUAUGAAUGGAGGUCGACUAUACUUGGUCCACCAGGUUCUGUAUAUGAAGGUGGUGUUUUUUUUCUGGAUAUCACGUUUUCUUCAGAUUAUCCAUUUAAGCCACCAAAGGUUACCUUCCGCACCAGAAUCUAUCACUGCAACAUCAACAGUCAGGGAGUCAUCUGCCUGGAUAUUCUAAAAGACAACUGGAGUCCUGCUUUGACUAUUUCAAAGGUUUUGCUCUCUAUUUGUUCCCUUUUGACAGAUUGCAACCCUGCGGAUCCUUUGGUUGGAAGCAUAGCCACUCAGUAUUUGACCAACAGAGCAGAACAUGACAGGAUAGCCAGACAGUGGACCAAGAGAUACGCAACAUAAUUCUCAUAAUUUGUAUGCAGUGUGAAGGAGCAGAAGGCCUCUUCCCACUGUGCUUCGGAUCUUUAUAGCCUUUACAAUACGGACUUCUGUGUAUAUGUUAUACUGAUUCUACUCUCUGCCUUUAUCCUUUGGAGACUGGGAGACUCCCCCAAAAGGUAAAUGCUAUCAAGAGUAGAACUUUGUAGCUGUAGAUUAGUUACGUUUAAAAUGCCUACUUGCAAGUCUUGCUUCUUUGGGAUAUCAAAAUGUAUUUUGUGAUGUACUAAGGAUACUGGUCCUGAAGUCUACCAAAUAUUAUAGUGCAUUUUAGCCUAAUUCAUUAUCUGUAUGAAGUUAUAAAAGUAGCUGUAGAUGACUAGGAAUUAUGUCAUUUGUAUUAAGCCCAGAUCUCUUUCUGAGUAUGUGGUUCAUGCUGUUGUGAAGAUGUUUUACCUUUCCCUUUGUCAGUUUGUAAUGAGAGGAUUUCCUUCUACCCUCUGUAGCUCAGAGAGCACUGAUGUAUCAUCUCAAACACAAUAAACAUGCUCCUGAAGGCA